AUGUCAGAUGAAGAUACAGACGUUGAAGGGGAACAUAACUUUGAUGAUGCUGAUGAAGUUCUUACCGAUGUUAACGAGACAAAGAUGUAUCCCGAUGCUUAUGAAGGUUUCGAAGAUGAGCAAGUUGAGGAAGAGGAAGAAGAGCACAUCAUACCAAAUCCAUUAACACUCGAAAUGAUUGCUGAGGGGAUAUCACUCCUAUGCAAGACUGGAGAUGGUCUCUCGCAUGCUUACGUGAGGCUGGAUGUCCAUGAUAGAGAUGUAACAGAUAUUGACAUGCUCCAGUCGUACAUCCAUCUGCGCUAUGUAGACAUCAGCAAAAACAUGUUGCGAGACAUCUCACCGUUGAAUGCCCUGACACAUCUGCUGACUCUGAAAGCUGAUGAAAACCUGUUAACAUCAGCAAAGCUGGAGGACAUGCCUUACCUUCAAGUGGCCAGUUUUAACAACAACAGAAUAGUGACCACUGAAGGAAUCGGCCACCCAAUGCUAGAACAACUUAGCUUGAACAACAACAAAAUUAAAGAGAUAAUCGGCCUGGAUGCCAGUAAACUGACUCGACUUCACACGCUGGAGCUUCGAGGAAAUAGACUGGUCACCACAGAUGGCAUCUAUUUGCCAAAACUACAGAACUUGUACCUGGCUCAAAAUUUGAUAAACAGAAUCGAGGGAAUGUCCAGACUGCCUGGUCUCACCACCAUCCAUCUGCGAGGAAAUCAGAUUACAAAUCUCUUAGGAUUCUCAGAGACACAGAAAGUUUUACAGUAUAUUAACCUGAGGGAAAAUCUGGUGUCUACCGUGAAGGAGUCUUCUAAACUCAGCGUGCUGCCAGUUCUCAGAGCCUUAGUGCUGGCAGAAAAUCCAUGUGCGGAGCAGGAGGACUACAGAUUGGAGACAUUAAUUGGUAUCCGAACCCUUGAGAGACUGGACAAAGAAGAAUAUACAGAGGAAGAAAGGGCUGAAGCCGAGGCUAUCGCAGAGAGGAGAAGGAAGGAAGAAGAAGAUAAGGCUGAUGAAGAAGAAGCCACCAUUGAAAACAUUUAA